UUGUGCAGGAAAAGUUAUUAAUCUUAAGCGUUUGAAUGAAGUUAUAUCUUCCAUCAAUGAUUGGUACAUGGAUCGGGGCCUUUUUGCAAUGGUUUCAGCUGUUGAGAGUCUCUCAGGGGGUGUUCUUAAGUUACAAGUAUCAGAAGCGGAGGUCAAUAAUAUCUCCAUACGGUUCCUUGACAGGAAGACUGGGGAACCAACUAUAGGGAAGACAAAGCCCGAAACAAUACUUCGCCAACUUACUACAAAGAAGGGUCAGGUCUACAGUAUGCUUCAAGGAAAAAGAGAUGUGGAGACUGUAUUGACGAUGGGACUUAUGGAAGAUGUUAGCAUUAUACCCCAGCCAGCAGAUGCUGGUAAGGUUGAUAUCUCCAUGAAUGUUGUUGAGCGACCAAGUGGAGGUUUUUCUGCUGGUGGUGGUAUAUCUAGUGGAAUUACAAGCGGCCCUCUUUCAGGACUCAUUGGAAGCUUUGCAUAUUCUCAUAGGAAUCUCUUUGGAAGAAAUCAAAAGCUCCAUGUUUCUCUGGAGAGGGGCCAGAUAGACUCAAUAUUUCGUAUAAACUACUCAGAUCCAUGGAUUGCAGGAGAUGAUAUGCGGACGUCCAGGACUAUAAUGGUUCAGAAUUCAAGAACCCCUGGAACACUUAUCCAUGGUAACCAACAAGAUGGUAGCAACUUGACCAUUGGUCGCAUCACAGCUGGUAUUGAAUUCAGCCGACCCAUAAGGCCAAAGUUGAGUGGAACAGCAGGGCUUAUCUUUCAGGUACUUGUGCUUUUAUCUCCCCUGUGGCUGUUUUUCUUUUUUUUU